UAGAAAUUUAAGUGAUUAAUUUAAUAAACAUAAUCAGUGACUGUCUUCAUAAUGCUUCCAUCCUACAAACUUCAUGUAACAUUUCACAGGAUUAUUAGUUUCCAUUUUGAUCUCUGCUAACUUGAAUUAAUGGGUUCAUCCUUGUUCCAGGUGGCAUUCCCCCCCAGGUGAUGAUCCCUCACUGCAUGACUGACAAAGUGGAUAACAUCAGAAAGGAAAAUAAAAAUAGGGAAGUCAGCCUUCAGAACCUUUUUCACAUAGAGAUGGGAUUUUUUAAGAUAUUAUCAAUGAAUCUUCAUGUAGAUUCCUAAGAGAAUAUUGUUGACGAGGUGACAUUUUAAAAAGAAGUAUUUUUAUUUGAAAAGAUUUUCCCAACAAAAAUCUAUUCCUCAGCAUUUUGAUUUCUAUAGGUGUGUUGUGCAAGUACCUUGUUUUAAGACUAAAAAUGGUGGAUUUAACUAGAAAAAGGAAAAGAGGAGAGUGAUAAAAAUGAAUCGGUAGGAUGAAGAAAUAUGAUGAAAGGCUGCAUUCUGUGGCUGUUGGAAUGGAAGGAAAUCACUGUGUUUGCACCAGUAGCCUGUGCCACUACACCUAGAUGAAGCAGGAAUUAAAUGAGAAGGGAUUAAAGCAGUAAAGCAGCUGUGGAACUGCCCACCUCUUAACAUGCCUUUAAAUGCCUUUGAAAUAUUGGCAGUUUCACUGAGACAUUGACAACACUAAUAAAUUUGAUAGUGCAUAAACCAAACAAAAAGGGGAAAUUUUCUUAACUUGAAAACUUACUGAAUGCUGUUUUUUAUUAGUGAUACAAGGGAGCACGCUAAAAGGUAGGUUCUUUGUGAAGUCUUUCUAAUGCUUUAAUUUCUUUUUUAUGAACACUGCCUUAGAAUUUCAAGGAGUAAUUACAUCUAAUAGAGCUUUAGCUCCUUUCAAUGAUCCAACAAGUUCAGAGAUAAACUAACUAUAUUCCUGUCUUGCAGAUAUUUCCUUCCAUUUAGUUAGGUAGGUUCAAACAUGCCACACUUUUUGAAGCAAGAUUUUGAAAGUGUUGACACAGCUUAGCUGGUAAGGCUUCCAGAAAAUACAAAAUUAUUGUGAACAUUACAAUAUGUAAUGACAUGAACGUUACAAUAUGUUCACAACACUCUGUCAUUUCAGAGCAGAUUUGCAGAUUUGUAUUUGUGCUUAAGCAUUGUAUAUUUUGAUUUUUGACAGAAAUUACUAAAUUUCUACUUGAAAAAAACUGACUGUUCCUAUCAUGUUGAACUCCACCAAAUCAUGUUGUGAAACCUUAACAGACCCAAUUUUACCACAUAUUUGUUCUUUUUCAUUACUUUGAACACUGUCCCUGCAUGUUCUGGUGGGCAAACAGGAAUGUGCAUGGAAAGCUAGGUUUAUGAUGGGAGUUUAUUAAAUGAGAGUGUUCCUGUUCCUGAUUAGGAUUUGCUAUCCAUGAUGUUUCCCUCCCUCCGAGAGCCCUCUGCCCCUCCCCGAGGGCAGUGUCUGCAGGUAAUGCCCCAGCCCAGGCUGACACUGGGCGCUGCUGCAGCGCUGCUGUGGGGGGAGUGUUCAGCUGCUGCUGCUGCUGCUGCCUUGCCAGUGUGCACUGUAACCUCGGCAUCCUCGGAGCAUCCAGCAGCUGCCAGGCACUUGCAGCCCUCCCAUGAAUGUCUCUCUUUAUCUCCAAGUGGCUGACUUCUCUUUUUCAAGGCUACUGUUUUCCAUCUCCUUGCUCAAAUACUGUAUCUUCUUCAAGUAUGGAAUUUGUAUGGAAAAGAUGGUGGUGUCUUCAGCUGGGCUGUAUGUUAUUAGUGAAUUUGGUUUAUGCCAAUCUAGAGUAUCAAAAAGAAACUCCUCCAAGCCUGCGUGAGAUUGACCAUCAGUGCUGGGAGGUAUCGUCCCAUGGGCUGGUGGAAAUGAAGAAACUCAAGGUAGCAGAUACAGUCAUUGCUCUCUGGGACUUCAUGAUGUUCCUAAAGGAAUCCCCUAAGCCCAAGCACAAUGAUCUCUUCAAUGAUUUAGCCCAGAACUUCUGGGACAUGUAUGUAGACUGUGUGCUCUCAAGAUCCCAUGGAAUGGGCAGAAGACAAUUAACAUCUCCCAAAUAUUCUUCCACGUACUCACACAGAACUUUAGGAGGGUCUGCUUUCACCAAUCCAUUUUAGGCCAAAAGGAGAGAAAAUGAAGAUACUUAAACAAGGCAACAUCAAAACGAAGGAGCACAAAAUCACAAUAUGUAUUGUAGAUAUUUGGAGAAAUCCUUUGGCAUGGUUCAACCCUUUUAUUUUUCUUUUCUUUUUGUAUAAAGUACUCAAUCACUCCUAAACUGAUAAGUACAUGAACCCCCACACUGUCCCUUUUGCUUUCCUGUCUUGCAGUCUGCUAAGCUUGCCUUUUCCUCCCUCCAUGUGUGAAUAUGUUCUGAGUCAAAAAUUUGUUUUCCCACAUAAACUUUAAAGUCUGUAUGUGUCA